GUGGGAGGGAGGUAGGGCGGCAGUCAGAAGCACGCAAACUAAUUCUCACAGACAGUCGUGCCAGAGUGGGAGCCGUGCUCAGUUCACCUCCCCGGCGCUGCAGGUCUAUCAACAAAGCAACCUUAUUAACAAGAUCUCUUUAUUCCGCCAGUUCUCGUUGCCACGCAGGGCGAGAGCUUCCGUUUUGGGAUAAAGUGUCUGGGCACCCGCACUUCUCCUGAGCAGCGACAACUUUAGGUGAAUGCCGUGAUGCCAUUUGGAUGCCUUGCCCUGAGAGAUGGGCGAACGUACGACAGCAUAUCUGAUGUCACUGACAAAUAUGAGUUCGGGCAAGUCCUUCGAGCGAAGGAGUUUUGUGAGCUGUGCCUGGCAAAGGACAGACAAACAGAAAAAGUGUUUGUCUGCAAGAAAUUCUUCAAGAAGGACGGAAGGAAAGUCCGCAAGGCCGCCAAGAAUGAGAUCAUGAUCUUGAAACUUGUGAAAAAAGAAAACAGCGGGUAUAUUGACCAAUAUAUUUGGCAUUGUGUAAAGUGACACAUAUUUUUGUGUGCAACUCUCCGUAGUGCAACAGGGGGAGAUGUUUUUGACUGGAUUCUGGACCAAGGGAAUUACACAGAGAGAGACGCCUCCAAUGUCAUCAGACAAGUCCUGGAGGCUGUGGCAUACCUACACUCCCUCAACAUUGUUCACAGGAACCUGAAGCUGGAAAACUUGAUGUACUACACAGAAAACAACCACAAAAAAGUAGUCCUUCGAGACUUUUACCUCUCCAGAUUUGAGAAUGGACCAAUUACAGAGCCAUGCGGAACACCUGAAUACCUCGCUCCUGAAGUGGUGGCUCGUCAUCGAUAUGGUCGUCCUGUGGACUGCUGGGCAGUGGGGGUGAUAACGUUCAUACUCUUAUCGGGCAAUCCGCCUUUUUAUGAUGAGACGGAGGAAGAAAACACAGAUCUACACAAUCGCAUCAUCUUCUGUCGCAUCGUUGCUGGGGACUUUGAGUUUGAUUCUCCUUACUGGGAUGACAUUUCACCUGCAGCAAAGGGGCUUGUAUGUAGACUUAUGGAAGUUGACCAGAUGCUGAGAAUCACAGCGGAGGAUGCGCUCCAGCAUGAGUGGAUUGCAGGGAAUGGUGCAUCAGAGAAGAACUUGAAGGAUGGUGUAUGUGCGCAGUUUGAGAAGAACUUUGCAAAGGCCAAAUGGCGGAAAGCAAUUCGCGUGACGACCUUCAUGCAACGGUUGAAGAACACUGAAGCACUGAACGACAGUUCAGCUGAGGUUCGGGGUGGGGAACAGGUAGGAGAUGGGGAAGGGGGCGUUUCCCAGGGGACGAGUGAUGAGGGAGAUAAAGGGACGACAGAUGAAGGGAUCACAUCGAGCAGUGUUUCUUUAGAGGUUACUGUUGAAAAUACGCAAGCCGGCGUGGAACGAGACGAGGGUACUGUUAAAGUAGGAGAAAACCCAGAGGAAGUAAACACCUCUGAGGGUCAACCUGUUUUAACGUCCCCAUUAGAUGGGCAAGACGUUCUUGGCCCCACAAGUUCAGGUCCUAAACAUGCACAGGAUGAGCUUCAUAAGGCUGGGGGGAAGAAGGGGGCGGCAGAUGGAACACGGAAAAUUGCUGCCAAUUUGGGUCAAGCUAAAGUUGCCUCAGAAGUUAAACAGACCCCAGCGGUGAGCCCCGGACCAUCAAAGCUGUCGGAGAGUUCUCCAAGUGUAACUCUUGGCAGGCAGCACGCAUCUGGGUCCCCUGAUCAAAGUAGCAAACAUAAAAUGGCUGCAACCCUUCAUGGCACGACAGCUGCUCCUGCUGCAUCAGCCUCGGAAGAGAAGAAACCAGCCGCCCAAGGCAUGCAAAGGGACGAGACCGAUGGAAGCUGGUGUCAGACACAGGUGCCUGAAGCAGUUGCAGAAAGGUCAGUGGUGGCACCCGUUACUUCAGCGCUGGGGGUGGUAAGUGGAGUUGAUGUAGGACUGGGCGUUAGGUUGCGAGGCGAUGCCAGUCCGGUAGGAAGUCGGGAUAGGAACAUCAGAAAAACAGAGAGACACAGUGCCGAGUUUAGCAUAGCCAAGGCCCCUGCCGCAGCGGCACAAGGCACUUAUGGGGCUGGCAGCUCCGCUAGCUUGGGCCGUCAUGCCACGCCAUACAAUCCAGAGGCCAUGUCUGUGGGAAUGGGGAUGGCCGGGAGCUUCGGGAGUCCUUACAGCUCCCUCUAUACGAGCAGAGGAGGAGGGUUAGGGAUGUACGGCACCGGUCUACACCAUGGAGGAGUCGGGAGCAGCACCACAACUGAUUGGCAGAUGGACAGCGUCAUUGAGCAGAUCGAAAAACAAAUGGCCGCCGUGCUCGAGAAGAUCGAGGGAGACAUGCCCUCGCUGCUUGAGCAAAUCAGCGACUGUCCCAGCGAGCCGGCACGGGCCAGGAGCACGCACGCCUCGCCCUCCGCCUCUCGCUCACGUCCAUCUCAGCACUCUUCGACUUCGACCUCAGCGACUCUUCCGCCGCUUCCCACCUCUCCACGGCCGACGCUGCCGACACUCCCCCACCUCGGCAUCCCUCCUCCUUCGUAUCCCCCACCGUCUCCGCCCACGCAAACCUCACCCCAGGCUGGCAGAGAGCAGGAGGACAAGGACGGACAGAGAGGCACGGCUCCGUCCAGCCAGUUGCCCAGGGCUGGCAUGGGCAAAGGACUAUGAGGCAGAGGUGAAUAAAGUAAUGCACAACUGCAAACCAUUUGGAAUUUUGGAUUUAUCAUUUGACCAUUUUAAAGACUGUAAAAUCAAUAACUAAAUUGACUGCAAAGCAUUUAUUCCUGUUUGGUAUGGUUUAUAGAAAAUGGCUGUUUUAGGGUAUGCCAUAACACGGUUCAACAGCUUGUUUAAUUCUAAACUCCUGACUGUUUGCCUGCAUAUCUGCCACACAAUUACAAGCAAAUGCAAGCACUCAAGUAAAGUUUGAUCAUCAGAUUGCAAAGGUAUGAAAAGUACAAUAAACAAUCAAAAGCAAUUGAUAACAACAGAGGAAAGGUGCAUCUGUAUUAUUCUAUACACUGUAAAUAAAUAGAGAAAAUUAGAUUCCUGAUAAUUAAUUUGUUUCCAGAAUGUAAACUACUCCCUGUUCUAGCAAGCAUAGCUUUUUUUUUUCAAAGCAGCUUAUCCCAUUUAUUCCCCCCCACCACCCCCACUUCAUUUAUGUAGCUCUUCAUCUUUUGGUGGGGCAUAGAGUCAAACGGUGAAGCAGACGUAACAAAGACUGAUUAAUACUGAUCAAAACUGAUCACGCAAUUUCUUUAUUUGUGCAACGAUGAUAAACUUGAACUGUGACCCAAAGUUAUGUGCGUUUCUAACCAACUGCUGCGAAGAUAAAGGACAUUACCCAGAGGCAACACACUGUAUAAAGGCUUUGUAAUCACACUGACAAAAAAUAAAACAAAAAAUCCUAUUGUCACAGUUUUCCAAAAAUCCUGUCCACCAACAUUGUUUCACCCCCCCCCCCCCCCCCCUCCCCCCUUUUUUUCUUGUUUGGUCAAUAUACAUACCUUAUUAUUGUCACUUACACAGCCCUUCCUAUGUCCACCGACGUGUCACGUAAAACGUCCCACUAUAUUUCAUUAUGCUUUUGGCUGUGUGUGCUAUUUCAGGUUCUGUG